ACAGAGUGGGCCGCCGGGUCUCCCCUGCAAUGCAGCCCCUCCUAGCGAGGGCGGAAGCGCUCCCCGCCCCCUCUCGGCCUGACUCGGCUAAUUCGAAUGAUAGGUUCCGGAACACGCCACCCAGGCUGGAGCCUCGCCACCGGCUCGCGCGGCACCCCCUGCUCGCCAGCACCCUCCAGCUGGCUGGGGUGCGCUGGCCGAGCGGCUGAUCGCCCCCCGACUUAGACGUACGGGUUAAAACGUCUUCCCGCUGGGCAGCAAGAGCGGCCCUCCUUCCCCACUUGGGAGGACUCAAGGGCACUUGGGGGAGGCUGGCACAGGACCCCAGCGCGCGGCCGCCUCUGCGCCGGCGGCGGCAGGUGGGCAGGCCCGGCCCGGCGCAGACACUUGGGGUGCUGCGGGUGCACUUGGGGCGCAGCGGGGCGUCCCGCUGUCCCCCCCCCCCCCCGCGGGCCACGCCGUGCGCCCCGGGGCAGGCCUGGGCGGAGCGCUGCGCUCGGCUCGCGGCCCGCGCGGGUUUCGUAAUCGCGUCGCCGGCGUUUCCGCCCUCGGCCGGCCCCACCUCUGCCGGCCCGCCCUCGACUCCCCGCGGUGCCGAGCAGCAGCCCGGGAACCCGGAGUGGCGGAGCGAGCCCCCGCCCGCAGCGGCCACCGCCUGCCUGGACGCCGGGGAGCCGCAGGAUCCCACAUCUAAAGGAGACAGUGCCUGCCCAAGCCUCUUGCUAAUGCUUCUAGUGGCUCCCGGUUCUGACCUUCACCGCGCGCACAGCUCAGGGUCUCUAGGAUUCCCGAGCCAUCCAGCUGUGUGAACCGAGGGGUUGUUACACCUGAGAGUGAGGACUGGCUGGUUAGUACAGAACAAGAGCCCCCUGGGGCCCCUGGCGGAGGCCCGAAGCUGGAACCAUCGGGGAAUAUGAGUGAAUUUUGGCACAAACUGGGCUGCUGCGUGGUCGAGAAGCCUCAGCCGAAGAAGAGGAGAAGACGGAUUGACCGCACCAUGAUCGGGGAACCCAUGAAUUUUGUCCACUUGACUCACAUUGGCUCGGGAGAGAUGGGGGCUGGAGAUGGACUUGCCAUGACAGGUGCAGUUCAGGAGCAGAUGAGAUCCAAGGGGAACAGAGACAGACCGUGGAGCAAUUCUAGGGCCUUGUAGCUCCCAUGGGACUGGCUCUACAGUCUUGGCGUGCCCGUUUCAUGUCCAGCCCAGAAGAAAUGCCGCCCUCACCAGAUCCCUUCUACAACCAGUGACCCAAGGCUCCUUCCUCCCCUCUUCCUAACAAGUGCCUCAGAAGGCAUGGGGGCUGGACUCCCUCCACGCCCUCUGGCCUCCACCCCUCCUGGAGAUGGGGUCAUGGCAGCAGGGCUGACCAAGUGACUUGCUGGUGGGCCAGAGGUGCUCAGCCAAAGCUCUGGGCACCCUAGAUCUGAGCUGGGGCUUCUCUGGGAACCUGGAAUGAGUUCCCUGCUCCUGAAUGAAGGUCGGGUGCCACCUGUUUAAACUUCUUGCCUUUCCUCUUUGACUGAGGCAGGUAGGUGAGGGUCUGCAGCUGCCCCCUUUCCUUCUAGAAUAAGCAAUGCAGCGGUCGGGGGCGGGGUUACCACUGCCCAGUCCAUGCUGGAUUUUAGACCAUAAGCUCACAGCCCUCCAUGUCUCUCUGCUGGUGCCAGGGUCUUGCUCCAGUUAGACCUCUAAUCCCAUGCUUCUGUAGUAUUAAUAGCUUCCCAGAAAUAUUCUUUUUUUAAUUAAUUAAAAUUUUAAUUUAAGAUGAGUUCUUUUAAUUACCCCCCAUCCUGCUGCUCUCUCCGCCCUUGCCCUGUCCCUUUUGGGAACCUUAUUGUUGCCCAUUGAAGAAGAGGUGAGGAAUGGCUCUUAGUUUGACCACAUUCUGUUUAAGACCUCAGCGUCCUGGCCUGCCCUCUGUCAGCCUCCCUGCUGGCCAGGUGAAAGGAAGAGGGGAGUUCUGUGUGAAAGCCAGGAUGUAGCAAAGUGAGCUGUAUCUCAGGGUGGACUUCCUGUUAGGAUUGACAGUGGUGAGGGACAGAUUGAAAGGACUCUUGGAACACAGGUCUUAAGUCCUUUAUGGAAGCCUAGCUUUUCUGCUCCAACAGUUCAGACAGUUUGGGCUGCGUAAUUCUUUGUAAUCAGGGCUGUCCUGCAUACUAUGAACAACAGCAUCUCUGGCCCACCCUAGUGUGGCAACCAAAAUGCCCCCGGAAAUUGCCAAAUGGCUCCUAGGGACACAGUUACCCACAGUUGAGAGCUGCAGCUUGAGAGGUCAAGAUAUGUUUUUUCUCAAGUGAUUUCCACACCCCCACCCCCGCCCCCCAAGCCUGGUUAUUCAUCCUGAGCCAUGGGUGAGCCAGCACCCUCAUAGAACAGGCUCAGCGGAGCUGCGCAUCUUCUCUGAAUGUAUGCUUGUGCUUGCAUGGGCUCAAGUCUCUGUGACAGACGUGUACGAUGUGUCUCUGUUUUUGAUCUCUGCAAGAGGGCCUCCCACAGUUCGGAGACAUGAACAGGGUAUGCUGGGAUAGGAGAAGAGGGCUCAGAAGCCGCCCGUGUGCUGGGCCCCUCUGUGUUCGAGUCCUUGAACCCAGCGUAAGACUCAGGGAGUUUGUGUGGAAGAUUGAGUGUCACUCACCACGUGGCUGAAGAUCCUGCCUUAGAUUGAAGCACUGUAGGAGCAGUCUUUAGGCCCUUUGUUUCCUCGGGGCUUUUGUUCUGGCCCUUUCUUUGCAGGCUGAUUAGAAAGGCAGAACAAGACAGGUGAGCUGCUGCCUGUCCUAGAAGAGAGGGCUGGGGUCUCAUUAGCUCUGUAAUAGGAAGCUUGUUGUGUGGUAAUGGGCCAGGGCUGUGGAAACCGAUCCACCCCUGCCGACUCCAUCCAGUUACCCCUCACGUAGUGACAGGUUUCCGUUUGUCCGGAGCUCAGUGUGCUCCUGUGGUUUUUCAGGCUCUAGCAUUGCUCGUGGACGCCCAUUCCCAGUUACUCACAGUUCCAGUCAGGUCUGCCUGCCUCCCUGGAGGGAGCUACCUUGUUGCCCUAGAGGAGCUCAUUAGUUGGAGGCUACAUGAACACUUCCUGGCAGCACGCUCCCAGGAAAGCCAUGAACAUUCAGUCACAGUGUUCUGUGGACUCUGGGGUUGACAGGAGGGGAUGAGGUGUGGGUGAAGCCAAGCUCCAGCCUUUGUUAACUAGUUUGGACACAGUCUUCUCUUGGCUGCUCUCCUGCCUUGGGCUACCUUCUCUAAUGUGUAUGCCGCCGCCGCCACUUAACUAAGUGAUUGGAAUGGGUUGAGAGUCAUAAUUUAUAUUAAAAACCUGGUGGACUUUUAAGAUACAUUUUUCCAAUAAAAGAAUUAAGCAAAAAUA